CAUGUGAACAAACCGCGUCCAGAAAGGCGCUAUAUAAACCUUCAGAUUCUCUGUAUGAGGACACUUAGACUGCUUUAGCACACUUGCGGACACUUGAGCAGACCGCGGCACAGCUGUCAUUAUGUCUCACGGAUGGGGAUACGCAGACCAUAACGGACCUGAGAAAUGGUGUGAAAACUUCCCCAUUGCCAAUGGACCUCGCCAGUCUCCAAUCGACAUUCACACCAGUGAAGCGUCUUACGAUGGUACACUGAAGCCGCUGAAACUGAAGUACGACCCCACCACUUCGCUGGACAUCCUGAAUAAUGGACACUCUUUCCAAGUGACCUUUGCCGAUGAUAACGACAGCUCAACGCUGACAGAAGGCCCGAUCUCAGGUAAAUACAGGCUCAAACAGUUUCACUUCCACUGGGGGGCCAGUGACGACAAAGGCUCCGAGCACACAGUCGAUGGGAAAUGCUAUCCAGCCGAGCUCCAUCUGGUCCACUGGAACACAAAAUAUCCCAGCUUUGGGGAAGCAGCCGAUAAGCCUGAUGGUCUUGCUGUGGUUGGAGUUUUUCUGAAGAUCGGUGAAGACAAUCCUAAGCUUCAGAAGGUUCUGGAUGCUAUGGAUGCUAUCAAGUCCAAGGGAAAGCAGACCUCAUUCACAAACUUUGACCCAACCUGCCUGCUCCCGAAAUCUCUGGAGUAUUGGACGUACCCUGGGUCUCUGACCACGCCCCCUCUGUACGAGAGCGUCACAUGGAUCGUCUGCAAGGAGACAAUCAGCGUCAGCUCUGCGCAGAUGGAAAAAUUCCGAUCUCUGCUUUUUACCGCAGAGGAAGAGAAGGCCUGCUGCAUGGUGGAUAACUAUCGCCCCCCUCAACCUCUUAAAGAUCGCAAAGUCUGUGCCUCUUUCAAGUGAAGGAUCCCCCCAGACCCCGCCAACCCUUCCCCCCUUCAUUAGUAGGAUUUGCGAGCGCGGGCACCUUCACUCUCCAUGCAGUGAUGCUGGGCAACCUGCCAGCUGUCCAGCACAACAGAUGCGCUGUAUGGAGAGGAAAGAGGCUAUGCUGGGAAUCGUCAAUCUAUCUUUCUUACUGCUUCAUUCUCUGGUUUACUUCAUUAGUGGAAAUGCAAAAUUAUUUUGAAUUAGUGUGCCAACUUUGUAUGAUGCUCUGAUAUACAUGUGAUGCAUAGACAAACAAAACAAGAGAAGCAAUAUAUACACUGGAUAUUUAAUACAUAAAUGGAGUAUUUAAGUAUAUUUGUAUUGGUCAAGAGAUUAGGCCAGCAUCUGAGAUUAAACCCAGUGUCACAGCCGAUACCUGAGCACAUGCCAUCUGUGCCUGCUGUCCUUCCCUGCUAGGGUGUAAUCUCUGGCAGUCUCAGCAAUGCCAAUGUAAUGAAACCCAGUGGACUUUUCCGUCAGGCUGCAAGAUCUAGAAAAUUGCCAUUGCAAAAAUGGCAAUAUGUCCACACUGGGAAAUCACGCACAGAAUCUAUCACACACUGUACAACCAGAGCAGCUUUGGUUUGGAGUAUUUGUGCCUCAGAUCAUUGUAAUUCCAUAUUCCAUUUGUGUGUUUCUGAAAGAUGUCAUUUAAAGCGAUUUCAUUUUAAAAGAAAUAGCAAUAAGUGCAUGAAAUCCCGAUAAUGUGCUGUGAUUUGUUGGGUUUUGCUUAAUGCUAUGUUUUAAUCUUGGACUGUGAGUGAAAUUCGUCUUUUCAGCUGUAUCGAACAGCGAUGCACAAGCCGUGACAAGCAACAUUAAUAGAAGCCAACAUGCCAAUCGAUAAAUCUCGCAGGUAAAGCAAGGAGGUCACCACCAGCUCCUCUGAAGCCCUGGGACCACUCGACUUAUGUUAUGCAUUUGUAAAGACAACGGGUUUGAAAUAUGUUGUGUAACGUGUAAUUGAAUGUACUUUACUUGAAUUCGAGGGCUAUGUUAAGCAAUAUUGUUCAGCCAUACUCCGAUCCACUAUUUCCGAGAGGUUAUUUUAAUUAAAGAUAUUUUAUGCUUA